AUGGGUCGCAAACAGCCGCAAAGGAAUCAUCGGGUCUUACCAUCAUGUCCACAUCCACGGGACCAACCAUUUCCCCCAAUUCUUUCUAACAUACAGUAUUCGCAUUUUUUAUCCCGGAGAAACAAAGCUAAUGCUUCAAGGAUUAAAUGGGACUUUGGAGAUCGAGAGAAUCUACGGUCUUCAGUUUGGUUCAUUCCAGUGGCCAGAAGAACUACCAUCAUUAUUUGUGAUAUUCGGGACAGUUAUAUGCGGGAGAAUCCAGGGGUCAAAUUGAAAGCUUACUCCGGCUUGACGAGUAAGAUAUUAGACGACGGCUCAAACAUCCAACUUCUAGUCCUCCACGUCAGUUUCCCAGUCCGGCUUUAUCCCUACGCUGAGCAAUCCUGCGUCCGGAAUGAGUUAUAA